AUGGUAUCUACUUUUAGUACAGUCAAUGCAAUUGCAGCUGUUCUCUUAGCAGAAAAUAGUGUGGCUCAUAAACAGGCGAAUGGACGACGCCGCCGUGAUAGUCCCUCUUACACUCUCGGCAAGCCACUUUCUUCCUUCUACGAAGGUCCAGCCAUGUCUCAUUUAAGUAGAAUCGGUAAAACCUGCCAUGGAUCGCACAUCCUGCCUAGAGUUGCAUCUUCUAUUCGCAACUCCAGGUUGUACUCAAUGGCUGCUGUUCCCCUGUCUGAAACACCAAAACGAGAAUGGAAACCCAUUGAACGAAAACAACCACAACCAGCCCAGAUUACACGUUUGGAGAAUGGCAUGACCGUUGCUUCCAUUGAAGAUUACUCGUCGACUACACGAAUUGCUCUCUAUGUCAAUGCAGGCAGUCGUUACGAACGAUUCAACACCUUAGGAGCUUCGCAUGUUAUGAAGAUCUGCGCUUUCUUGGCUAACAAAGAAAAUUCUGCAUUGAAAAUCACCAGAGAGGCGGAACUUUUAGGAGCUAACUUACAGGCCAAAAAUACACGGGAGCACUUGAUCAUUUCCUCUGAUUUUCUAAGAGAUCGAGUUCAACCUGUCUUGAGUAUCAUCGCCAGUACAGUCAAAGAUCCUUGUUUCUAUAGAUGGGAGGUCAAUGAUAGAAAAGAUCACCUUUUUACGGAUUUAGCUGCUAAAGACACUGAUAUUCAUGCAGGUCAUUAUCAAUGUGAUUUUACCACGUUUACUCCUAACUUUGAAACAAUUGCUAGGUGUGUCAGAUUAGUUAUGGUACUCAUCUUACAACUAUUUAUUUCAGGCAUCAUGGAAGCUGUUCAUCAGGUAGCAUACAGAGGGCCACUUGCCAAUUCUAUUUAUUGCCCAUCAUUCCGAGCAAAUUCACUAUUUUCUGAUGUGCUCCAAAGCUUCGCUCAAGAGUGCUUUACUGGGCCUGCAAUGACUCUUGUUGGAUUAGGCGUAAACCACGACGAAUUCGUACAGAUUGCAUCAUCAUCCUUUGAAGGUAUUUCUGCCAAAAGACCUGGUGAAAAGCAAAAGUCUUUCUACGUUGGAGGUGAUGCUCGCUGGUGGGCGGACUCACCGUUGGUCAAUGCAGCAGUUGUUACCGAAGGUGUCGGCUUGGAAGACAAAGAUAUACUAGCGGCUGGUUUAUUAACGAGAAUAUUAGGCGGUUCUCCAUUAAUUAAGUAUGGAAACAAUACUGAGACCUCAAGACUAUCGAAAAGCGUCAGCGAAGCCACUACUUCACCAUACACAGUCUCUAGUUUGAAUAUAAAUUACUCAGAUUCUGGACUUCUUGGUAGUUAUGUAAUUGCCAACGCAGCCGAUAUUGAUAAAGUUUUAAAGGCCAUUGUUAAUCAGUAUCGCAGUGUCGCUGAGAAGGGUAUAUCAAAUGAUGAAUUGACUAGAGCAAAAAAUCAGCUAAAAGCAUAUGCAGCUAUGUCAUAUGAGAAUCCUGCAUCUAUUAUGCAAGAUCUUGCAGUGCAGGCUGGAUACACUGGAAGCUAUAAAUCUCCCGUUGAUGUUUUAAACGAAGUUGAUAAAGCAUCUGUUGAAGAUGUCGUUAAGGUCGCAAAACGACUAUUUAGUGCACCUCUUACGCUUGUUGCAAGUGGUAAUAUCGAAAAAGUGCCUGCUCUGUAA